AUGGGCACCGCAAUAAGUGACACAGAAUCGGAGAACGAAUUAUUUGAAGCUGCACUUAGAGAAGUAGAAGAGCCGCAAAACCUCCACCAAAGAAGAAGCCCACCGCAAGUAAGUCGCAAACUGAAAAGAAAAGGGAGAAACUUAUUGAGCUAUCUAAGGAUGGCACAGUAGAGAAAUCCGCAAGCUUAAUAAGGAAGGCCUAGAAAGGUAUUGUAGAAAAACUGUACAGUGACUAUGAUGAACAGAGAAUGUCAUAUGCUGGUGACUUUCUAUCAACACUUAUUAUCUCAAAGUUUGCGUCAGUACUAGGAAGCCUCAAUGCUGUGGAAUCAUCAGAGAAACUGUCAGAGGAACAGCUCAACGACAAGCGUUUGAAGGACGACGUAGCAUACCUUACCCGAUCGAUAUCCCCCAACAUUCCAUUCAUAGGACUCAUAUCAGGGGGCUGCACAACAGCCAAGCAUGUGGUCGCAUAUAAGUGGAAGAAAGAGGAGACCCCACCUGAGGUGACCACCGAAACUAAACACAUCCUAUUACAUACAGAAUGCCACAACUCGGAGAACCAUUCGAAUGGGGCAACCCGUGGGAAGGAACAGAAUUUGAAGACAUAAUUGACGAACUGAUCGAGAAGACUGAUAGGAACCAGGAGAGGCUUGAUAAACUUGAAAGCAUGAUUGAGAGUAUUAAAUACGACUUUGAGGCUUUCAAGAACGAUACCAUCAGGACUGUCACAAACAUUUACAAAAUUCGCCUGGAAAUGUGAGAAAAAGAACACAAAAUUUUUCGGUACAUAUAGUAUAGAGAGAUGGAACAAAUAUUUGAAAACAAGGAUUGAAUGUAAGCGUAAGAACUGUGAAGAACAGGGAAGAGAUAUUCUUAUGUACAAAAGAUGUGGCAAAAUCACUCGGAUACAAACAACCAAGAAACGCUAUCAGGGACCAUGUCUGGAACGAAAAUAAGGCAAUACUCGACAGGCCCACGACCCGCACUGAUUCAUUGCGUCAGUGGAACUUCAAACCAAACACUAUUUUCCUAAGGGAACCGGGGGUGUACCAACUAAUAUUUAAAUCAAACCUUCCCUCGGCAAAGGCCUUUCAACAGUGGGUGUUUGAAGAAGUACUUCCAUCAAUCCGCAAAACGGGUUCAUAUGAGUUACCAGAACCUAAGCUCCUCGAUGGUAAACAGUUGAAGCUACACAACGAGACUGACCUCCAUUAUGCAAUCAUUAGGUACAUUCGUAAGUAUCACCCAGACGCUCGGGUCAUAGCGGGCCUAGGUGAAUAUCAGGAUACUGUUCAACGUAGAAGUGACGCCUUUCGUAAGGGCUACCUGGGUGGACAGCCUGAUAUACUAAUUGCAAAUCCCAUGAAUGGUUACACAGGAUUUGCAAUAGAACUGAAGACCCCUAAGGGCACCGGUGAGAUUAGGGAAAACCAAGUGGGCCGGCUUAGAAGGCUAACUCAACUAGGUUACAAAACAACGUUCUACAAUGACUACACAAACCUUGUACUUAAGAUACAUGAGUACUUCAGAGUAGAUCUAACAGUGAAGCAUAAGAAAGAAACCACAAACCUGAAAAAGCAAUGUAACAUACUUAAGCAGAAACUAAGCGAAGCAACAGCAUGCUACCGACCUAAGUUAACAGGUUACAAAUACUAA